AAUUCUCUCUGGAUAUUGUGUUGCCUUCUUUUUUAACCUCUUUUCAAACCUGGAAUGAAGAAAAUUUGGAAUCCAUACGUAGGGGGGCUCUUCCAAAACCUAAGCUCCCUUGAGAACUUAUGGAUAGUUGAGUACCUGAAACUACAAUCUUUGCCAAGGGAAGCCUUCCCUCCCUCGCUUGGAGAACCACAUGUCGGUGGGUAUCCACAUCUACAACGACAAGGCUUUGAGGGGAAAGGAGAUUACUGGACUCUCACCCAUGGCAUCCCCUGCCUUGCGAUAUAUGACAAUGAGCUAAAAAGGAAAAGUGAAGGCAUCUGGAACCUUCUCCUUCCCCAUCAGUCUUUCCUUCCUCUCGAACCAACCUCCUUCCCAAACCAGCCGGCAGCCAUCACCGCGCCCUACGCCCGGCCUUGCUCGGCCUCACCCGAACCACCGCCCUUGCUCUGCAUCCUCACCCUGGCCUUUUCUCCUUUCUGCUCCCGAAUCAGAUCCCCUUGCUUUGCACCAAAUCUCCUGCACUCUGCACACCGGCAAUCAUGCCUCCCACACGCCUACACGCCCUACCCCUGCAUGCCUACACCCUUGCUCUGCCCUACCCCCUGCCACGCUUGCCUCCUGCAUGCUGCACCAGAUCCCUUCACUGCUGCACCACGCCCCUGCCCUUGCUCCUGCACCAGCCCGGCUGCACCCCUUGCACUCUGCUGCACCGAGCCUACAGAGUGCCCCAAUCUCGCGCCUCUGCUCUCCUGCUCUCUACAGCCAUACAGAAAAAAAACAACAAUGCCAAACAAAAUUGGCAUCAUUGGUGAUUGACAGAGCAAGGCCUUUCUUUUUACUUCAUUUUUAUUUUUAUUUUAUUAGUUGGAUGUAUAUAUAGAGCAAAGGCAGAGUAGAGAAACCGGGGGGGGGGGUCGGUGGUUGGUGAAAUUUUUGAUUUUGGGGGGUCUUUGGUUGAUCGUAGAGUUUUGAGUUUGAUUUUGGAGAGUCUUUGAUUGAUUUUGGCUGUUUGAUUUUGGGGGGGUCUAUAUUUGAUUUUCGGAGUUGAUUUGGAAGUCUCUGUUUGGGUUUUCUUUGAGAGCAAUAAAGGGAAAUUCCGAAAAGAGGAAGGGUUUAGUUGAGAGGAGAAAAGGGGAGGUUAUUGGCCGGAGUGUGGUGUCGUUGGCCGGUAAGGAAGGAAGAUUUUUCUUUGGAAGGCGACUGUGAUUGACAUCUUUUUUGGGUUUACUUUCUGCCUCAGGUAAAUUUUUGAACAGAAGAGGUUUUUGGGAAUGGUGGUGAAGGGGACGAUGGGAGCCUGGUCCCAUGGGUGCGAUCCCUCUCAUCAGAUCUGGAUCCAUUUUUCCUCAAAAAACUUUGCCGUGGGUGUGUUAUUUGUUUGCUGAUUGUUGUUUUUUUUUUUUUUGUAUUUUUCAUUCAACGUUCAAGCUUGUAUGUGCUUACUAAGAAAUGAAUGAAAAGCCA